AUUAUUUACAGGAAAGAAUGAGUUAGAUGCUACAUUUGUAUGCACAGAAAGAAAAAGUAGAAAUACAAAAAAAAGAUACAAAAAUAAAACAAAAUAAAAUUUAGAUUACCACUCACACAACAAUUUUUCAAAUGAAAUUGGACUUAUCAGAUUUUAAAAAUAAGAAUUAUAAAUGGAAUCAGAUUAUUUAUAAGCUAAAGAGAAGCGUCAAAGGCAAAGAGAAAUGAAAUUACUGUUUGUAUCUCCUCAAGACCUUUGGGUCAUAGUAGACAGCAUGAGUCAGAUGUUGGUGCAGCAGCUUUAAAAAAAGAUGCAAGUUCUGUGCUAGUGAUCAUCAGUGAAGGAAAUUAAAACAAAGCUGCUGAUAUCAUAAUGCUGUUGAAUAAAUCUAAGGUGUGACUCUACUUGCAAUAACAUGUACACCUCUGGUUGCGUCACCUCAAAGAGGACACCAGAGUUGGGAAAGGUUCAGAAAAGGGCAACCAAAAUGAUCCAGGGGCUUGAGAGACUCCCCUAUGCAUAAUGGUAAUGGCACUUGGGACUUGAGCGUUUAGAAAAAAAGGCAAGUGAGAUGUGACAGAGAAAGUAAAAUAAUGCAUUGACAUGGAGAAAGUUGGUAGAGAAAAUGUUUUCUCCCUUUCUCAUAAAGGAGGAAAACUAAGAACUCCCGGGCAUCCAGUGAAGUUGAAUGUUGGAAGAUUCACGACAGGUAAAGUGAAGUGCAGCAGAUUAGACAAAUUCCUUGAGGAAGAGAGGGCUAUCGAGGGCUGCUAGCCAUGAUGGCUAUCCUCUGCCUCCGCGGUCAUGGGCAGCAAAUGCUUCUGAAAGUCAAUUGCUGGAAACCGCAGGAGGGAAGAGGGCUCUUGCGCUCCAUUCCUGCUUGCAGGUUUGGCCACUGUGAGAACAGGGUGCUGGACUGAUCCUGCAGGCUCCCCUGAUGUUCGAUUCCUACGAGAUGACCAGCUGAGCGAAGCGGUGUUGUUGUUUUUGAACGUCUGACAACCAGGCACGUCAUAAUGCCAUCAGGCGAUUGACGCUGCCCCUGUCCAACAGGAAGCGAGCGCAGCAGCCAGCUGGUGCGGGAGAGGCGGCUCCCUCCCCAUCGCCUCGCCCCUCAACGGCCCGAGCAGCCGCUCUCCUUCCUUCCUGCAUUCCUUCCACUCCGCCUCCCAUGCCCCGGGAGCAGGCGCGAGCGAGCGAGUCCCUGAGCGCGUGCAGAGUUCCGCACGCCCUCCCCUCCCCCGCUUUCGCCGCGUCUUCCGCGCCCCUGGCGAGGAUGUCCUCGCUGGAGUCUGGGGUUGGGGUGGCGGCGGAGGACGAGGAAGUGGCGGCGGUGCUGGGCGGCGGGGGCUGGCCGGUGGUGGCGCCGCAGGGCCGCGAGCUGGAGCCGGCGCGCCUGCGGAGGAACACCUGCUACAUCGUCCUGGCCGUCCUGCUCAACGAGGAGAAAGAAGUACUGAUGAUGCAGGAGGCCAAGCCGCAGUGCCACGGGCGGUGGUACCUGCCGGCGGGGCGGAUGGAGCCCCGGGAGACCAUCGUGGAGGCCAUGCGGAGGGAGGUCCAAGAGGAGACGGGCUUGCAGUGCCAGCCCCUCACCCUGCUGGCCGUGGAGGAGAGGGGCCCCGCCUGGAUCCGCUUCGUCUUCCUCGCCCGACCCACCGGUGGUGCCUUGAAGACCCUUCAAGAAGCCGAUGCAGAAUCCCUGCAGGCCCAGUGGUGGAACAGGGAGACGCCCUUCCUGCCUCUGCGUUCCCGGGACAUCUUGCCCUUAAUAGAGCUGGCUCUACGGUACCAAGCCAGCCCGGCCCACCCACGGCUGCUGCCCGUGCAGCUGCCUUCCACCUUCAUCUGCCAGCGCCUGCUGCUUGUCUGCGUUGGCAGCAGUGGUGACUUGUGGGUGCUUCAGGGGACAACGGGGGCUCCGUGCCUUCCUCUGGCCACAAGUGGCCUGGCUCCCUCGCAGCUGGGCCACAGGCUCCUGGUGGCUAUCCGCCACCUACUCCAGGACUCCCUGCCACACCCCCAGGUGCCCGUCCGCAUCAAAGGCCUGCUUGGGGUCCAGCAUCUCGGGAAGGAGCCCGGGCAGAGCGAUGGUAUCUGCUUCAACAUCAUGGCGGCUGUAGGCGACAAGGGGCGGUGGCCGAAUGAAACGCCCCCGGAGUUGCAGAGUGGAGCCUUCCUCUGGCGGAAGGUGGAGGAUGAGGCCCUGCGGAGCCGGAUCCUGCAGAGGCUUGAUGAGGAGUCCUUUGUCCCUAUUCACAGCUAAGGUCCCCCUGUUGAGAUACAGGAUGGCCCGGCUUUGUGCUUGGGUGACUUGGGCCAGGCGAGAAUCCCUGGAGGAGCCCCAGCUGGGCCAAAAAUGCUCCUUGAUCCUGAGCUGUUUGCUGGAACAAGGGACGUUGGGAGUCUGUAGUGCCACCUUUGCAGGAAAGGACACAACAGCUGAGGGCUUGAUGGCGCCAGAACUCUGGAACCGGCCAGGAGUAUUAACCUUUUCUUGCUCCAGAGUGCCAGCUCACAGCUGUGAUUCUUCCACCUUUCCACACCAGGACUUUGGCAAUGCCUGUGCAUGUCCCCGCCCCCCAUGCCCAGCUUCUGGGUUCUCCCCACCGCUGCAAGAGAAAGGACCUUGACAGGAGGAGCUUAGAGCUCUUGCCACCCUUAUCUCUGCCUUCUGGAUGAUUUGCGGCCUUGUAGAAUCCAGCCAGGCUUGGUAAAAAUAAAACAAAAAGGCCAGUUUUCCUUCA